UUCUUCAUCUGAAGAACACGAGGAACUAAGCAAACUAAAAAUGGCUUUCGUUAAGAAUAUCUUACUCCUGUUCGCUAUCCUGAUCCCUGCGGCAAUCCUAGCUCAAAAUGGUACAGAUGUACCUCCAAGCUCGGAUGGACCAUCGUCGGACUCCCCCAACGGUGGCAGCACCGAACCACCGAUGCCAUCAUCAGCGUCAGGACCAUUCGACCACUUCUCCUUCAAGCCUCCCAAGUUCGACUGGCCUACCGUACCUGGAAUCUUCGGCGGCGGUUCCCGUAACAAGAGGGCUGCAUCUGAGCCUGUGGACGCGGAACACGCUCGCCAGGACCAUGCAUUCUUCCGCCGUGUGAUUAGGUGCAACUUCUUGACCGAGGGAGGCUUCAGGUGCACGUCUUGUAAUACAGUCCGCCGCUGCUAUCCUUUCAACAUCGGCACAGUCUCUACUUGCAGCGGACUGUUCCCCUACUGCAGGAACGGACAAUGUUCCAUGACGAAGGGAGCCCUUUGCACUGACACUACAUCAACUUCAUCUACUUCCUCUACAUCUACUGAUUCUACUAGCACUUCUAGUUCCUCGAGUUCUUCAUCCAGCUCCUCAUCGAGCUCAUCUUCUUCAAGCACCUCCACCUCUACCACCAAGAGUAAAUAAACUGGAGAAGUUCCUGAUAUGAUCGUAUUUGGCAGAAUAAAUCAACACAGAAUUGGAAAUAUUGAUUUGUUUACUUAUUGAUAUUGUUUUAAACCAUAUAUUCAAUAAAAUGUAU